AUGGACAAAAAUGAUUCAAGUGAAAAUGAGAAAAAACGUCGUAGAGAUGUUAGAACCAGAUGUCAAGGAAAGCUUCGAAUAACAAGACAAGAGGAUGGGAAAUGGUUGGUGGACUCAUUUAAUGACACACACAAUCACGACUUGACCAUGACACCUACGAAGGUGAUGAAGCAUCGAUCUCAUAGCAGUUUUCACCAUUCAAUAGAAGUUGAGUCUCAAAGGGCUGUCGAAGAAGAUGAAGACUUCAAGACUAUGAACUCAAGGCCGAUUCUUUCUUCAGUGCAUCCAAUCGAAGUGGAAGCCGGUCAAUGUUAUACUAGAAAGAUGUUUGAUACUUUCAAAAAAGAAUGGACUGAAGCUAUUACCAAUUUAACUCAUGAGACUAUAGGAAAAACUAUAGAAGAAAGCACAUACCGAGUUGGGCAAUUGGAUGUUGAUAAAAAAUAUUGGCGCAGUGUUACCUUUCGUUCUUUAGAUUAA